CUAGCCACGUGUGUUGCGGUCUACCCCAGCUUCCUUCCAGCUCAUAGCUACCCUGGCUUGGAAUGCUCAACACACACUUGCACGCUGAAUUUUCAAGUCUUGCUUAGCGCCAGGAUUGAAUGGAAGAUACCGAGCAAGCGUCUCGUGCUGGCCCUCAUCGUUCAUCCACAAGUGGUCUUUCGAAGGACUCAGCAUCCCGUCAUAAUCGAAUUCGUUUCUCGAGAGAGGAGGGGGAUCUUUUGCCUUCGUUCGACUCUCCAAACAAGCUUCCAUAUGCUAAAUUCCGUUCGAUGCGACAUCAUUCUCCUCUUACUCCUCCGAAAUCACUGGAUGAUGUACGACAGCGGGGACACUCUAUGGACACCGGAAACCCGUCUUCAAGCACCUCACGAGUGAAGAGGACCUCGACCGCACACAGGAAUGGAUUUUCCCCCUUAGACAGAGCACCUAGUUUAGAUUCCAGCCACUUGGCAGUAAACUCCUUUUCGGAUGAGUAUGAUUUAUCUCAUGAGGACCCGCAAAUCCUGCAGGAUGUUCAUCGAGCGGUGAAACUCAAAGCGCGGCGGGACGCCCGCAUGAAAGAAAGCCCUAGGACUUUGCAUCCUGCAAAGGCUCCUUCUGGGUCAUCGUGGUCUAGCUCGUCGACGCGCCCGUUUCCGGUCUCUCCGUCGUCUUAUGGGUCCCCCUUUGCCGGCGUCACACAUCCCUCCGAGAUCGACUUCAGUCCUUCGACAGGCAAUGCACAUGUUAAUGUCGAGCCACACCCAAUACCAACCUCCGUCGAUAAUGGCUCAACUCUAGACUGGGGUGGAUCUAAUCAGGGUGAAGACCGGACGGAGAGACGAUGGACCCUUUCCAUGAGCAAACGCAAAGGGAAGGAGAAGGAACCGCCCAUCUCUGUGAACGCAUUAGAGGCUCAAGAAAGUCAAUACACUGUUAAACUUUCCCGAAUAAAAACCGUCGCUUCCCCACAGACGAAACGCAAGCGAGACAUUACCGCGAAUCAGCUAGAAAGACAAUACCGCCUGAUAUACAACUCUAUAGCUCCAGAUUCGCCUCCAGGUCACUAUCACAUCCUGGAAGUUGCCCGCUGGUGGGGAAAUGUUAAUGUCAUGACACGCACCAUCAUAGAACAAUCAGAGCCAUUUACCUGGCUUAGGCACCUCGACACUCGUAAGAUGCCAGUUCAGCAGCUUCACAUGCCAUGGCAUCUCACUGCCCUCAUAAUGGAAGAGUACCUUGCUGCCGCUGCCGCUGCCAAUCGUAUGUCGACUCAGGUGCCUCCACUCCCACCUACCAUUCCGGCUCCCAACUUUUCAAUAUCUACCAUUCCCGAAAACUCCGCAAUGUUUUCUCCGUAUUCCUCUUCUCCUGACCAAAGCGAUACAGCUCUACCACAUUCUUCCCGCGCAUCUUCACACUAUUCACUAGGACCUUCUUUGACGAGAAUCAAGUCCACCGAUGGUCGAGUUUCCUUUGAGCCUCUCGUGGAACCAGUACGAGAUUCUCUGGAAGUCGCUUCCCGAAGUGGAGAUUCGGCUCUCAGCAGCCAGUAUGGUCACGCGAGCUCCAUCGGCGCUGUAGCUCCAAGUUCUAGCCCUUUCCACUUGCGACCGCGAACGUACAACAAUCUCUCUCUCAAUGAUAGCGAUGACGGGUCAUCUGCUCACAACUCUCUUUCUGGACAAUCGGACGACAACAUGAAGAGAACAGUCAUUCGUUCUCCGAAAUUUGACCAGCCCCUCCGGGAUACGCUGAACCUCAAGGAGCUAGGAUUAUCUUCGUCGUCUUCACCAAAACCAGAAAAUACGAAUACUAUGUCCCUAGACGGAGCUUCCAGCAUGCUGCAAAAGAUAAGAACGCCACCGGUGCACUCUCGUCGCUCUUCUACUACUAAUAUUACUCGCGUCGGUCCUAAGGCAAGAGGCUCGUUAGCAUUAUCGCCUCCCGAAGAUUCAGAUACGGACGGAAAUAAGAAGCGUCAACAAGACAUAAAUGACGCCCGAUCAGCCCAGGAGUACAAGAUGAAAUCUCAACUCCUGGAAGAGAGUGUAGCUCAGAACUUGCGUAUAAGACAGCUACUAAAUCGCGUCGCCACUGGGGUCAAAGAGUACGACGUGACUCAAAGUAAUCUUAUGACGCUGCUGGGUACACCUUACAAGGGCCUGCCUCCGGAAUUGUUAGACACUUUCGGUCAUGACCCUUCGGCGGUCACUACGAAAACCGGCCGUUAUCGAGGGUGGCGAGCAGUUGAUGACAUUCACAAUCGCGUCCUACGCCAGCGCGAGAUAUUCGAGGACUUUCUGGCCCACAACAGGAAUGACACAGGAUCUAUUGUUGAAGAGGACGUUUUAGAAGAUCCCAUAUGCGUUUUAAGGCAGUCGCUGAAUACUUUGGCAGUCAAUAAGGCUGCUGUAGCUUCCAAAGCAGAGGAGUUGGCGGAGCUGUUGAAGACGGUGCAAGAAACUCAUCAGAAGGUCAAAGCUGAUUAUAAAGACACCGUUGCUCACACUUCCGUUGUAUAUCCUGAGCUAUCUCGCAUCGUCGCGCUAGAAGAAAGCUACAAAGACCAGUAUCAGCAUUUCUGGGAAAUUGGCAUGGACGCCCUGACAUUCUUGCUUGAUACGGUCACUCCAUUUUGGCGGACGUACGGAAAGACCAUCGGAGAUGAUUUCUCAGACUUCCUAAUUGUCCCCCUCUAUCGGAAUGAAUUUACCGGAGAGUCUAAAAGAUAUCCACUCACCCACGUUCCUGUUCGAUCCUUUAGGCAUUGGAUAGUAUUGAUCGUCUUCUUUUACGGAUCCAUCGCUGUCACUAUCCUUCAGGCUCGCACUGCCUUUACUUCGUCUGUUCAUUGGGGUCUCCAAUGGAUACCAUACGACGGCCUUCGAUGGAUUGCCAUACCCUUCUUUGGGGUUGGCAUUAUUAUCCAAUGGAUCGUUAUUAUGGUGGCUAGGGUGGUCUGUAAAUUUUUUUAAUUAGUAUUCAUACAUGCAACACUGGGGUUUUCGCAUUGCUUUGCAAUAUUUA